AGAUGAAUUUGCCAAAGAUCUCAUUUUUUGAUGAUCCUAAAUCCUAGUUGUGGAUCAAGGAGGUCGUUUAGAUGUCAGAUCCAAUAAUUAGUGGGACUUUGAUCAAGAAUUCAAAGAAAGGGGUUUAGAAGGAGGUCACCUAUUUUAUAUAGGAUGGAAGGUUUGCGAAUAAUAAGAAAUAUAUUGAUCUUUAAAAUGUGACGUUGGAUAAACUGAAGAAUUAUGGUUUCAAGUUGACGAGGAAUCGAAAAUCAGUAGAGUUGUUUGCCCAUAACGAAUAAGCACAAGUAGUGUGGUAUGAUUAUAUGAAAUCCUUUUGCAUUUAAAGAGGUUUUAACAAUGUAUAUUCCAUAAACAAAUUGAUAGGGAAGGGUAAUUUCGCAAAGGUAUUAAGUAAUAUGAUAAGUAAAAAGGUGUAUAGUGCAUAAAAGAAGAGUGAUCAAUCAUUGUACGCUGUAAAGGCAUUUGACAAACUGAAAUUUCAAGACAUCCGAAUCGAUAAGGUAGAAAUGAAGAUUUACAUAUUAUAAGCCUGCAUUAAUAAAGGAGUUAUCCAUAAUGAGAAAGAUGGAUUUUCGAGGAGUGAUCAAAUUGCAUGAGGUUUAUGAAAAUGACAAUUACAUAUUUUUGGUUUGUGAAUUGUUGGAAGGAGGAGAACUCUUCAAUUAGAUGAAGGGCAAGGCUUACGACGAGAAAACAGUGGCCAACAUCAUGUACAGAAUCCUGCAAUCCAUUGAUUACAUCCAUUCGAUGGGAGUAUUGCAUCGAGACAUUAAAGUACCCAAUUUAACUCACCUUAGCCUGAAAACCUCAUACUUCGUACAAAAGGAGACAUGGCCGAUGUUGUAAUAGCAGACUUUGGAUUAGCAGAUUAUUAUAAUCCAUCUGGAGAUUAUAUGUUUAAACGUUGUGGCACUCCAGGAUAUGUUGCACCUGAAUUAUUACAAGAUAAAAUCUAUGAUUUCAAAGUGGACAUCUUUAGUGCAGGAGUGCUAAUGUUCAUAAUGUUGACUGGUGCAUCUCCAUUCAAAGCCAAAUCUUAUGAUGAGAUUGUGAUGAAGAACUACCAUUGUCAGAUCGAGUAUAGUUUAAUUAACAAUCAUCCCCUCAGCGAAGAGGCUAUUCAUUUGUUGAGAGCAUUGCUAGAGAAAAAUGCUGAUCUCAGAAUAAGCACAGAAUUGGCUCUUUAACAUCAAUGGUUCCAGAAAUAGGCAGAUUAUCAGUUGCAUCUGUAAUUAUACCUGAUCUCAUAGCAAUCUCAAGUGAAGAAAACCUGCCAAGACACAAAAGGAAUUCAGAUUUGUAUGCCCGAACGCCAUUAAUGGGCCAAGAACUCAAUCAAUCAUUAACAUCAACUCCUCUUAGUGUGACUCCCUAAAUGAGGAGUAAAUCUAAUACAGCUGACAUCAAUCGAGAAGAACCUAAUGGAAGUACAUUCAGAUAACAGAGUCAGUCAGUCAAGGUUUAGAAACAAGAAUGCAUUUUAGAAGAGAAUGAUUAUAAUGUAAAUGAAGAUGAUGACAUUCCUCACAGUAACCAAAUUAAAAUGUAUUAGAUCCAACCAAAAUUAAAAAAAAGUAAUCAUAUCCUGAGUAAAAUUAUUAGAUUAGGAGGAUCAAUAGAAGUACAAUGUGGAUAAUGCAAACAGCAUUCGUGGAUCACUCAAAUAAGCUUUUUGA